AUGAGCUACACGGUCAGAAACCACACAAGAGGCACUACGGUGUCCAGUAUGGUCAUUUACCACACUAACCCAGGCAGCAUCCACAACCACACGUUGGUCUCUGUAGACCUGGACGUUGACAACGCCACUGCCACCCCGCAAGCAAUAGGAUACUCAAACGCCGCUGCAGCUUCCAUCGCCAUCAUCCUAGGCAUCAUUGUGGUUCUGACCAUCACUGGCAACUUGCUGGUAAUUGCCUCAGUGGCCAUCAAUCCACAUUUAAGAACAACCACAUACUAUUUCAUCGCUAACUUGGCUGUAGCAGAUCUUCUUCUGGGGUUUGCAGUUCUGCCGUUUUCUGCUACCUUGGAGGUGCUUCAGUACUGGGUUUUCGGACGGAUUUUCUGUCAUAUCUGGGCGGCGUUUGACGUGCUAUGCUGCACAGCUUCCAUUCUUAGUCUUUGUGUAAUCAGUAUAGACAGGUACAUUGGAGUGACAAGACCUCUCCGGCAUUGCCGAAUCAUGAACCAGACACGGACUAUGUAUGUUAUCAUCUCCGUCUGGCUUGUAUCUGAAGACGACAAUCCGGAUCCAAAAGUGUGCACAGUGACCACACACCCAAGCUACGUCCUUUUCUCUGUUUCCGGUUCCUUUUACAUUCCGUGUCUUGUUAUCUUAAUCGUGUACUUCAGAAUCUACCAGGAAACUGUCAAGUACACCAAAUGUUUAAUGUCUGGAGCAAAAACUUUUAAAGUCGACGAAGACAAUGUUGUGUCCCUGAGAAUACACUUAGGAAGGCACGUAACGCAAGAGUUUCGAAGGGACAACUAUCAUAACAACGGAACCGAGAAUCGCUCUGAGGAAUAUAAUACAUCACCGAACGGCCACAAGAACAGUAAAAGAAACAGCCGGUUAACUUUUUCCAACAAAGUUGCCAAGUUUAAGCGGGAAAAGAAAGCCGCCAAAAUCCUAGGGAUUGUGGUCGGUGUAUUCAUUACGUGCUGGCUCCCGUUCUUUGUUGUGCUACCAGUGGAGUCGCUGUGCCAGUGCUACAUCCCACCAGCACUGUUCAAGUUCUUCUUUUGGCUUGGUUACUGCAACUCGAUCAUGAACCCGAUCAUAUACACAUGCUCAAGCACGGAGUGCAGGCGCGCCUUCAUAGCUAUCCUUACUUGCAGACGAUGCCGGAAGCGACCUCGAAUCUCACUUUCUGAACUGCAGAUGAAGGGCAAAGUUCACAAGAAUGGGCAUCGGAGUGCUAUGAGACAGCUUCCCCAGCAGGUUAAAGAACAAGACUUGCAUUACCCUUUAUGUGAUAUAUCAUCAUCAUCAUCUUCGCCUCCUGGAACUUUUACCAACAUCCCUGUAGGGAUGGAACUGGCCGCGAUAUCCUUGCCCCAGACUGUGAGACAUGAUGACUCUGUACUUGAAAACACACCCGGUGCUCUUCGAGACUCUAGAAAUGCUGGAAUCAAAACAGACAGCAGUUCUGUCUGCAAAACGAAGAGCAAUCUAAAGAAAUGGAUUUCUGAUAAUCGUGUCAAUUUUCAUCAGAAGUUUCAGAAGUGUUCAUCAGUAUCAUGA